CAAUUCACAAUGAAGCUGUCUACUGCUUUUUACUUCUUCCAGCUUUGGCUUUUUAUUUUAUCUAGGCAAGCACUAGCUCACACUGUCACAUUUUAUGUGCAUAACAAAUGCCCCUUUCCAAUAUGGCCAGCAACUACCUCUAACACAGGCCAACCAGUGAUAGCCGAUGGCGGUUUCUACCUCGCCUCUGGUGACACUCGAAUCAUCGAGGCUCCAUGGUCGUGGAGCGGUCGAAUAUGGGGAAGAACAGGCUGCAAUUUUGCCUAUAACUGGAAGCCAGCCUGCGAAACAGGAGAUUGUGAUGGAAGACUCCAAUGCAAUGGCCUAAUAGGCACACCACCAGCCACAUUAGUUGAAAUCACUCUACAAGCCGAUAAAGGCAAGCCAAACUUUUACGACGUGAGCUUAGUCGACGGUUAUAACCUCCCUGUAAUGGUGACACCAAGGCAAAUAUCGCCAAAAUGCACAAUCUCUGGCUGCAAGAAGAAUCUAAAAUCUGGCUGUCCACAAGAGCUCCAAGUUGUGAACAAAAAUGGGCAAGUAGUGGCAUGCAAAAGUGCUUGUUUGGCAUUCAAUCUUGACUCAUUUUGUUGCAGGAAUGAGUAUGGAACCCCAGAGAAGUGCAAGCCUAACUUGUACUCAAAGAUUUUCAAGGAUGCUUGUCCUGCUUAUUUUAGUUAUGCUUUUGACAUGCCAUCACCGUUGAUAAGUUGUGCUUCAAAAGAACAUGUGAUAACAUUUUGCCCUUCUGGUUGGGGCAAAAUGGAUGCCAAUAUUUCUUCCAUAUAGGCUACUUUUAUGUAUCAUUUCUUUAAUUAUGGUCAUUUUCUGAAUUGGGUUCCAAUUGUUGAUGUUUAAAGCUUGAAGCUUACAUUAAUAAACGAAGUAGUUGGUUUAUUCAGAUUCAA